AUGGUAGAGUUUGAGGGACCUUCAAGGACCAUCCAGUCCAACCCCCUUCGCUAUGAGAAUACAUGGGAUCCAACUCUGCACCUCUCCUAUGUGCGUCCCUCGAGAGCGGUUGGCGAAUGUCCCAAGCCUCAGGGUUUGGGGAUCUGCGUGGAAGAAUGCGCAGGUGAUGAGUUUUGUGGUCCAGGAGAGAAGUGCUGCAGCAAUGGAUGUGGCCAUGUGUGCAUCAAGGUCUUUCCAGUGCGUCCCUCGAGAGCGGUCGGCAAAUGUCCGAAGCCUCGGGGUGUUGGGGCCUGUGUGGAAAAGUGCAUAAGUGAUGAGUCUUGUGCUCCAGGGAAGAGGUGCUGCAGCAACGGAUGUGGCCAUGUGUGCAUCAAGGUCUCCAGAGAUUUCUGCCAGCUCCCCAGCGACUCUGGCUCCUGCAACGCUACCUCCGUCCUCCGUUUCUUCUACAAUUCUCAGUCUGGGAGGUGUGAGAAGUUUCCUUACAAAGGCUGCGGAGGCAACAAGAACAACUUUGCGACUCACAUAGAGUGUCUCCAGGCCUGCUCUGACCGAGGGAUCUGCCGGCUCCCAGUGGACCAAGGAUGGGGCGAUGCCUUGAGGACCCGUUUCUUCUACAACUCCACAUCCAGGACCUGUGAGAGCUUCUUCUAUCGAGGACACAGAGGCAACGCAAACAACUUCUGGGAGAAAGAGGAUUGUCUCCGGUUCUGCGUUGUCCGUGCUGAGACUGAGGCUGCCUGAACCUGAGGCCUGAAGUGGAAAGGGAACCUCCAGGUGAAAGAAGAGAGUGCUCUCAAAAGUCCUGGAAGUUACUCCUGGAUCCUCCCCGGCGCAUGAAGAACCACCAGUCCUGCACAGCAAUGUAUCCCACCCCUGACCAUUGCCUUAUUGCAUUGCCUUCUUCCAUCCCAGCAUCUCUUUGCAGCCCUGCUUAUCUCCCCAGCUCUUUCCAGCCCUUUAUGUCUGAACCACCCUCCCAGCCCUCUCUUCUCCCCACUUCCCGGGGGGGGGGGUCUCACUUUGGCACAGCCCCUCCAUACCUGGCCCUCAAUCACCCUGCAUUUGAAAAAUAAAACCCUCCUAUCCUACCCACUCCUUUCCCAAAUCCUAGAUGUAGAUUGCAAGCCUCUUGGGGUACAGACCUGGCAUUGCUUAUGUUUCUCCCUACAUGAAAUGCUAUGUACAUUGAC